GUCAGUUGUCGAUAAUCGCUUCAGUAUAAAAGCUCGUUCGGGACAACCGCAGAAUAUCUCGGGACUAUUUUUUAUAAUUUUGAAGUUAAAGGCUGUUAACGGUCCGUUAUAGCAAGAAAUCAAUUAAAUUUUCGAUUGAAUCACAUAAGCGUUGAAAAUGUUAAGCCCAAUCGAUCCAGGUGAACGGCCUAAUUCUACUCAACCAACAUCACGUAAAGUGAGCAUACAGACCGAUCCGGCCUAUGAAGCUCGCUUGAGCCAUGACAAUGUAGGAAACGAUUUUCAUUCGCGCAGGAAGAUAUCACAGACUUCGAAUCCAGACCUUGGUCCAAUACGAAAGAAGAGUAUACUUGUACAAUCAACAACGCCACCCGCACAACAAACGGAUAUUGAAUCAACGAAAAGCUUCAAUAUGGAUCGGUUGAAUGGAGAUGCACACACUCGAAACUACAUAAACCAGCGAUUGCGAAGACAACAACAACAACAACCGAAUCCGGCAGCCAACAUACAGGAAUCGUGGAUCUUCGCACUGUGUAUGAAAUGCAGAGUUGAGGAUAGCACACCAUCUUGGGAACCGAAAUACUGGCAAAAAUUGUUCCCAUAUCCAUUGUGCCCCUCGUAUCGACAAUUUGCUAAUUUUGUCGCUAUAGUCCUAAUCGGUGUCUUAACAUGGAUAACAGCAUACGUGAUACUAGGUGAAAUGGCUGCGCCUGGGGGACAACUAUUCAGUUUGGUCGUGCUAUCGAUUGCUGCAAAUUUCGGUGGUUGGUUAAUUUCAUUAACAACUCUACCUCGAUUGGUAGGCAUGUUGGCAGUGGGAAUAUUGUUUCAGAAUCUAGGGUGGGUUAAUGUGGAAGGUGAAUUCAGUCAUGUAACCGCAGAAAUUCGAAAAUUUGCUUUGACGAUAAUAUUGACCCGUGCUGGUCUAGAAAUUGAUCCGGAGGCGUUUAAGAAAGUGUACAAGACCAUACUGAAAUUGGGUCUUGUGCCAUGGACUGUUGAAUGUUGUGUUGUUGCAGUCAUGUCCCAUUUCUUGUUUGAUUUCCCCUUAACUUGGGCGUUCGCUCUUGGUGCUAUCAUGGCUGCUGUAGCACCUGCAGUUGUGGUGCCAUGUUUAUUCCGGCUGCGAAAGAAAGGCUACGGUGUCGCCAAAGGCAUACCAACAUGUAUACUUGCUGUUGCUGGAAUUGAUGACGCAACUUCGGUGGCCGUGUUCGGCAUAAUUGCUAGCAUGGUAUUCGGUACAGGUAGUUUGCCUUAUCAAAUAUCACAAGCACCGGUCUGUAUACUUGGAGGAUUGGCAUUUGGCGUUUUCUGGGGACAGCUUCUGAGGAUAGUGCCAGAAAAGGGUGACACGUAUUUGGUGCCGAUUCGAAUACUGAUGCUAUUAGCUGGAGGGGCAUUAGUGGUUUUUGGCAGCGAGAAAAUUGGUUAUGAAGGAGCCGGCCCACUCGGUGUUGUCUUUGCUGCACUUGUAAGCAACCAUUAUUGGUGCCAACAAGGAUGGGAAGUUGAUGAUAAUCCGGUUGCGACAGGAUUCGAAAUAUUUUGGAUGAUUUUCGAACCAAUUUUGUUCGGUCUAACUGGAACUGUUGUGAAGAUAAACGAACUAGAUCCAAGUGUGGUAGCGUAUGGCAUUGCUAUAAUUUCUUCUGGAGUAAUAAUUCGUAUCUUAGCCACGAUUGGUAUUGCAUUCGGCGACAACUUGAACACCAAAGAAAAGCUGUUCGUUUCAUUAUCGUGGAUGGCGAAAGCGAUUGUACAGGCCGCUUUAGGACCAGUUUUCCUGAAACGUCUAGAAGAGAAUCCCGACGCUACAGAAGAAGAGAAACACUUGGCCAAGACUAUGUCAAUGAUUUGUGUGUUGAGCAUUAUUCUGACAGCUCCGCUUGGUGCCUUGUUGAUCGCCAUAUCCGGAACAAAGUUGCUGACGAAAACUGCACCACUUCAACCCUCACACUUACGCAGAGGUUCAGGUUGGACACGUCGACCUUCUUUGUAUGAUUUGAGCAUCAAAGAUGCUGACGAAGAAGAUCGAAUCAGGCACCCAGAACUGCGGGUUGAUAAACAAACAGCGGCAAAUACGAACACGAAUCAAGGUCGACCACUGCCGAUUUAUACUGUUGAAGAGUAGAGGAUGGUUGAUUACUCACUGGCUAAUCCUUUCGUUAUUUUAAGUAGCUGUGAGCGAUAUAUUUAAUAUUAUUGUUGGGUGUCUUUAAGUGAAGAUUAAACUUGAACUGAAAAUGAAAACUUCAACAAAAA